AUGGGGGAAAGUGAGGAUGAGGAGAUAUCUAGUGACUCGAAUGAGUUUCUAAGGUUUGUGGAAGAUGGAGAUAAAACUUUGUACCCCGGUUGUACAAAGACAACAAAGUUGAAUUGUCUUAUUCAAACAUUCAACUUGAAAGCAAAACACGGAAUGACUGAUGCUUGUUAUUCCGACAUGCUAGUCAUGAUUGGCAUGUUGCUUCCCGAAGGGAAUGAGGUACCCGGUUCUCUAUAUGAGGCUAAAAAAACACUUGCAGCAUUAGGGAUGGAGUAUGAAAGGAUUCAUGCUUGUCCAAAUGACUGCAUGUUGUAUAGAGGGCAACAUUCUGAAGCUACAAGCUGUUUGAUCUGUGGUGAAUCACGAUGGAAACUGGGAAGGGAUAAAGUUGAGAAGAAAGGGGUGCCUGGGAAGGGGGUUGAAGGUGUGUACGACGCUGUAAGAGAAGAGUCAUUUACACUCAAGGCAGUCCUACUUUGGACUAUUAAUGAUUUUCCUGCAUAUGGGAAUCUCUCGGGCAGCAUUAUCAAAGGCUAUAAUGCUUGUCCUAUUUGUGUCGAUGAAACCCGACCAUAUAGGUUGAAACAUAGUAAGAAAAUGGCAUUUAUGAGGCAUCGCCGUUUUUUGCCGAGACAUCAUCCAUAUCGCAAGCAAGCUGCUGCCUUUGACAAUACCAUAGAGGAAGAUGUUGCCCCUUCACCAUUAAGUGGAGAGGAAGUGUUGUCAAGAGUUGAAUUACGACAUAUUCUUGAUGUGAUGCACAUUGAGAAGAAUUGCUGCGAUGCUAUAAUUGGUACCCUCUUGAACAUUCCCGGGAAGACAAAGGAUGGAGGUGCUUCUCGUUUGGACAUGGUCGAUAUGGGAAUCAGAACUGAUUUGAAGCCUACACCUGGUCCAAAAAGGCCAAGUUGCCUUUAG